CGUUGAUUAAAGCCAUUGUUAUUUUACAAAAAGGAUCUGGCACCGCUUGAAGACCAGUUGGAACUUGGACCAAUUGAAAACCAUUUGGAACUUGGAUCAAUUGAAGACCAGUUGGAAUUGGGACCAGAUGGAACUGACACCAGUUGAAGACCAGUUGAAUUCGAUACAAGCCGACUUCACUUGGGUUUCACCCCAUGACGAUGGAAAACGCUCUAACUUUUGAACUUUAGGCCAACGUAAAACUUCGAAGAUUUAAUUUCCCUUAAAUUUCAUUUCUUUACCGAACUUUUGUUUGCUUGGAAAUUGCAUUUUGUUUAUUAAGAAAGAAGUAAAUGGGUAAGUUGAAUACAUUGUUAAAUUCCAUCAUUGUGUGAAAGAGUUUGAGUGUAUUUUCAAUCAUUGCAUUUUCUGAUUCCGUUGAACAAUUGAGUUUAGUUAAUGUAUUGGCAUUACCAUAUUUUUUUAAAAAUCUAAUUUGCUAAUUUAAUCAUAAUGGUAGACGAAGCACCACAAGUGCCACAAGCCCCUCAAUUGAGGCAGACAGACUUCCUAUCUAAACGCUAUGAUGGUGAAACAACAGACCAUGAUCAAUAUAGUGCGCACUUUCUCUCCUUUAUGGACUACUUAGCCCAUACGCUACAAAAUCCUGCAGAUGAUGCUGCAUUACAAAAUGUCAUUAGCAUUUUUAAGUGUAGUUUACAAGGUCAGGCUAGGCUACGGAUCCAAGGAAAGACAUUUGAUGAAUUGGAUAGCUUGAAAACUCAAUUUAUUAACAGGUUUAACAAAAACAAAUCAGUGUACGCCCACAUUAGGGAGUACGACUCAAUCACUUACCAGACAGGGGAUAGUGCUGAAAGAGCAGCGGUUGCUAUGUCAAUACCGGCUGAUGCCACACUAGAUAAUCUAGUAACUAGUGCUCAAAAUUACCUUGAUCUGUCCGUGGAGGAUAAGCCACGAGAAAUCAGGUUCAAUAUUCAAGAAACAUUGGAAAUUGCAACACUUAAACACGAACUUAAUGCAUUAAAAAUUGACCUUUCAACUGCUAAAAAUAACUUGAAUAGGCCAACUGAUAGUCCUAGGCGUUCACGUUCAGUCGAACGACACCAUGCACCAAGAACUAAUAAUUCCCGUCGAAGCCCAAGCCCAUAUCGCCAAACUAGGCAUCGAUUUAACAACAGAACGAGGUAUAUAGUUUGUCAUUAUUGUUCUAAACCAGGUCACGUUUGGCGCGAAUGUAGACAGCGUGCCACCGAAUUAAACCAACGUCCACCUCAACAAAAUUUUCAGUCAGUUUAUACCAACAGACGACAGAAUUCACAUUUUCAUUAAGGGGAUUAGACAACUGCGCCAAUUGUUCAAGUCCCCAUACAACACUUAGUGCAAACAAACAGGAACCAGCAUUACAUUCACACAAGGCGCAAUAUCUCGGAAAUUGAGAUAAGGUUGAUUUACAAUUAAAUGCUAAAAAUUAUGUUAAUGGUAAUUUACCUGAUGGCAAAAAUGUUUUGACUUUAUUUGAUAGCGGUGCUACAAAGACAAUUAUAUCUCAAUCCUAUGUCCAAUCUUCAAAGUAUUUGUCACAGCUUACGCAUACACUCGUACAACCGACUAAAUUUCGUUUAGGGAACGGUGAAUACUUAUAUGCCAAGUACAUUAAAAUUUGAUUUAUCAAUACAAAGUUACAAAUUUAAAAUUUCAGCUUUGAUUGUAGAAAAUUUGACUGGCAUUGAUUUAGUUUUAGGCACAGAAACGUUAGCUGACUUAGAUGGAACGUUAAACUUUCGGGAUAACACAUUUCACAUCAGAUCAAAUUCAAGCCAACAUCGCAUGUUACAAUUAGGCCGGGCCAUACUAAAACUUUAAAAUUAAGGGCUAGAGUCCCAGCUUUUGUACGCAAUUCUGAAGUAGUUUUACAUGCUAUGGAUAUGAUAUCUAGGUUAUGUCCAUCAGAUACGUUAGUAACACUACACAGAGGAGAAACACAAGUAAAACUAACUAACACGACUAAACGAAAUGUAUCAAUAUCAAAAUACAAAUCAGUUGCUAAUCUUCACCUAACUAACCUUGUAACUGUGACUAAUGAACCAAUUGACAGACUAAAAAUCAAGCAAGAUAACUUAAGAACAUAUCCACAUUUAGAAAUGAACGAUCCAUUAGCUUCAAUGACAGAACAAGAAGUACUCAGGAAAUAUAUUGAUCUUAGUGACAGCAUUUUAUCCCAUACUGAAAAGGAUGACCUCUAUGAUAAACUAACUAAACAUAGGGAAGCAUUUUAACUGUAUGGUGAACUUUCCAGUUGCCCUAACUUUCAAGCAGACAUUCAUUUAACAAACUAUGACCCAUUUUUCAUACGACCAUAUUUCGCUACAGACAAAAAGAAUAUUGACACAGAACUCAACAAAUUAGUUAAAUUGGGAAUUCUAGAAAUAGGACAUCAAUCGUACACAUCACCUGUACUACUAGUUUCCAAGAAAAACUCAACUGAUAAACGCGUCGUUACAGAUUUUUGGUACUUAAAUUCCAGAAUCAAACGUAUAAACCACCCAUUCCCGCUACUAGUUGAAACUAUAAAGACAAUAGGAAACGCUAAUGCUAAAGUCAUAAGUUUAAUUGAUCUCAAAUCCGCAUUCCAUUGUGUUCCGUUAACAAAACAAGCUCAGCUAGUACUAAUAGCUUAAUCAUGGUGGUAAACAUUAUUAUUAUAAGCGGUUGGCACAAGGAUUAAACGUUUCACCAGGUAUUUUUCAGGCUAAAAUUGACGAAAUUUUGAAUGAUAUUCCAAAUUCUAAGGACUUCUGUAUUGCUCACCACGAUGAUAUUAUUUUAUUUAGUACCGAUAAGACAUCGCAUAGAAAUCAUCUUACUUCAUUGUUACAAGCUCUCAAAACUCACUACACCUAGUACACUUCGACCAUCAACUGACCCACUAAUUGUACCACACCAUUAUCAAUACCAGACAGACCUAUACAACAACCAACAGUACUUAGGGAACAGAGACUUGUGGAUAAAGAAAAUAAUGAUAUAACCUAUAGAGAUGUACCAAUUGAAUUGUACACAUCACCAAGCCCAUUGGUUCCAACUAUUACUGAGCUAGAAACAACACACAUUCCGAAACAAAAGGAAUUAGACAAAUUGAUGGACGUUAUCUGUAGAAAAAUAAUCAGAGAUUAUAAUUUGCCAGUUGAUGUUAAACAAUUACAAAUUGAACAGGAAACGUCACCGUUCUUUAAACCUGUCUACGAUUAUUUAGCCCAUAAUAUUCUGCCAGCCGAUAAGAAGGCAGCAAGAGCGAUUCAAACAAAAUCAGAACAGUACAUACUUUGUAACGGUUUAUUAUUUCGUUUUUUCCUACAAAACAAAGGUGAUGAUUUCAUAUUACAAUUAGCAAUACCAGAAACACUUGCCGAAACUAUCAUAUCUCAAUUCCACGAUAAUUUGUUAAGUAACCACCAAGGUACAAUGCGAACAUACUUAACAAUCCGUCGACUUUUCUACAUGCCUCAUAUGUUUGAA